GAAUGAAGAAUUUUGUUAUAUUUUUGAGUUUGCUUUCGAUAUGUCUUGCUCUAUAAGUAUAAGUAGAGGAGUAGGAUAAGGUAGAUUAGAAUGAGUUGAAUCGAUUAUUUAAGAUAAAUUAUGACGGAUAAGUGUAAUAUUCUAUAUUGAUGUUUUAGUUAUUCUGGUUAUUUAAAAGCAGAUGCUGAAGGAAAAGCUUAAUUUCAUUAUAUGUUUUAUCCAGCAUAAGUUGAUCCAUUAAAUAAGCCUGUAACACUUUGGUUAAAUGGUGGCCCAGGAUGUUCAUCUUUAUAAGGAGCAUUUAAUGAGAAUGGUCCAUUUGUAUUUAUAGAAGGAACAGCUGAAUUCAAAAUGAACGAUCAUUCUUGGACAAGUUUUGUAAUAAAUCUAUAAUUUAUAUUAAAAGACUAAUAUGCUUUAUAUUGAAUCUCCAAUAACAGUAGGAUUUUCAAUUGGUCCUGAACUUUAAUAAUCAGAUGAAUCUACAGCCUAAUAUAAUAUUAAUGCAUUGGUGGACUUUUUUAAUAAAUUUUAAGAAUAUAAAAAAUUACCAUUCUUCAUUUCAGGAGAAUCAUAUGCUGGAAUUUAUAUUCCAACUUUAGCUGAUAAAAUUAUUGAUUAUAAUGCUGGAUAGUCAAUUGAUAAUCGAAUUAAUUUAUAAGGAUUGGCAAUAGGUAAUGGUUGUACAGAUCCUACUGAAUGUACAGAAGCAGCUGAUCCUUUCUAAAUCCAUGUUUAUAAAUUUUAUGGAAGACAUAAUUUUAUUAGUUAAGAAUUAUAUGAAUAGAUAUUGACUGUUUAGUAAGAUUGUUAUGGAAAGAAAACUCCAAAUUGUACUAAAAUAGCAGAUUAAGUAGAAAUUGAAGUUAGAGGAAAUAAUUCAGAUAAAAUUAAAUUCAAUCCUUAUAAUAUUUAUGGUUUUUGUUAUACAUACACACCUGAAGGUAGUAAGAUGAGUUAAAAAUUUGGUGGAAUGAGAUAAUCAAAUGAUGAUUCUGAUGUACCUCCAUGUGCUGAUGUAUAAGGAUUAUAUCAUUAUUUAAGAUUAGAUGAAGUUAGAAAUGUAAUAUUUUUAUAUAUAUAUUUUUUAGCUUCUUCAUAUUAAAAAAGAAUCUCUUCCAUGGUCUAUUUGUUCAAAAUAUAUGAAUAAUUAUAAAGUAGAUGACAGAGGUUCAUAUUAUUUAUAUGGAAAAUUACUCAAAAAUUAAAUAAGAAUUUUAAAAUUCAGUGGUGAUGUUGAUGCUGUUGUACCAAUUACAGGUACCAUGUAUUGGGUCGAUAAAUUAUAAAAAGAAUUUAGUAAUAAUUUAAAUUAUAUAUCUUAGAUUUGGCUACUUUGAAACCUUGGAGACCUUGGUUUGUUCCAAGUAAGAGAAUUUAUGAUCCAGAUCAAAAUGCUGGAUAUGUUAUGGAUUUAGAUGGUCUCACAUUAUUAACUGUAAGAAAUGCUGGACAUAUGGUACCAUUAGAAAAAAGAGAAGAGUCAAAAGAAUUUAUGAGUAAGUUUAUUAAAGGAUAGUACCUUCCUUGAGUUAUAUAUGAUAUUUUUUAAGGUUUUUUAAAAAAAGAAAAUCGA